AUGGACGCGUCGCUGUCCACGCUGACGAACUGCGAGCAACUGUCUCUGUCCACGAACUGCAUAGAGAAAAUAACCAACCUCAACGGCCUGAAGAAGCUGAAGAUCUUGUCUUUAGGGAGGAACAACAUCAGACUGCUCACCGGGCUGGAGGCCGUAGGUGACACGCUGGAACAGCUGUGGAUCUCUUAUAACCAGUUGGAGAAGCUGAAUGGAAUCCAGUGGCUGAAGAGCCUGAGAGUCCUGUACAUGUCCAACAACCUGGUGAAAGACUGGAGUGAGUUCAUGAGGUUGGUGGAGCUGCCGUGCCUCGACGACCUCGUGUUUGUGGGAAACCCUCUGGAGGAGAAGCACUCGGCCGAGGGGACGUGGAUGGACGAGGCCACGAAGAGACUUCCCGGCCUGAGGAAGCUGGACGCAAUCCCAGUCAUCAAGCAGGAGGGAGAAGACGGAGAGGCUUGACCCGUGCGGCCCUCGGAGUCGUCCUGUGGUUCGUCGCACUGCUGUUCGUCUUAUAGCCGACUUUCUCUUUUGUAACAGCAGCUCGGGAGUUUGUGUUCAUAUGUUUGACGGUUCCUUUAUGAUUCUCAGUGAUGCUGAUCAUUUAAAUAAAUACUUUUGAUUUUUAUGAAUAAUCACUGCUGGUUCCUUAUAGUUGGAUUUAAGAUCGGAUGAUUCAAAUAUAUUGAACGUUUGUGACACGAGGAGCAGAAACGCUCCAGGAAACUACAACAGAGUGCAUUCUGGGUAAAGUUUCAGGUUUCAGCUGUGGAAGAGGC